ACCUGUACAGUGUGGUGUAACAUACAGAUAACGGGAUAAGUGAAGUUUUCAAUAAAAAAAAAUCUUUCUUCUGUUUAUCCGUGCCUGAGAAGAAGAGAUUUCUACAGCUGGGUAAAAUGAAGAUUUCCCGCUCAAAUUACUUUUGAUAACUAGAACACCCCUUGAUCAUGGUCCGGGCUUUUUGUGUGUUAUCUGUGGCUUCAAAACAAACACGAAACUAAGCACUUACCAACCAUAUCCGUUUCUUUUCUUGCUUUGUUCCUUUGUUUUUCUAAGGAAUUUCAUUUUUCUUCAAUAGCGAAAAACAGUUCGAAAUCAUUAACUACCCGAACAUGGCAAUGGAACUUUGCUGCAGAGGAGCUUCUUCCACUACUACUUCUCUCGCUUCUAUAUCUUGGUCCAACUCUAUAUCAUCCAAUUCAGUACACCCAACCUCAGUCAGAAUUUGCCAACCCAAGAGAGCGAUCAAGGUUUUGUCUCUCGCCACCAACAGUAACAACAAUGGCAAUGGCUCUACUAAUCAACCUCAGAAGGGAAAUCAAAUGACUGUUUCAAUUACUGGAGCUACAGGUUUUAUUGGUAAAAGAUUGGUGCAAAGGCUGCAUCAAGAAAAUCAUCGUGUCCGAGUGUUGACAAGAUCGAAAUCAAAAGCUCAAUUAGUUUUUCCUGUUAGGGAGUUUCCUGGAAUUGUAAUUGCGGAGGAACCGGAGUGGAAGGAUUGCAUUCGAGGUUCAACUGCAGUUGUCAAUUUAGCUGGAACGCCUGUGAGCACAAGAUGGUCUAGUGAGAUUAAGAAGGAGAUAAUGCAAAGCCGGAUAAAUGUCACAUCAAAGGUUGUAGAUCUGAUAAACAACUCACAAAAUGAUGUCCGACCUAAAGUUUUGGUCAGUGCAACUGCUGUUGGUUAUUAUGGCAGCAGUGAGACUCAAGUAUUUGACGAGAGAAGUCCCCCAGGGAAUGACUACUUGGCUCGGGUUUGCAAAGAAUGGGAAGGAAGGGCUCUCAAAGUAAAUAAAGAUGUCAGAGUAGCACUUAUUCGUAUUGGCGUUGUUCUAGGAAAAGAUGGUGGCGCUUUAGCAAAAAUGAUUCCUCUCUUCAUGAUGUUUGCUGGUGGUCCUAUAGGCACCGGGAAACAGUGGUUUUCGUGGAUUCAUUUGGAUGACAUAGUAAACCUUAUUUAUGAAGCCUUAUCAAACCCAUCUUAUGAAGGAGUUAUCAAUGGAACUGCACCGAAUCCGGUUAGGUUGACCGAGAUGUGCGAACAGUUGGGGAACAGCUUAGGUCGCCCCUCGUGGCUUCCUGUACCAGAGUUUGCACUUAAAGCAGUCCUUGGUGAAGGUGCCUCCGUUGUAUUAGAAGGGCAGAGGGUUAUACCUGUCAGAGCAAAGGAGUUAGGUUUCUCGUUCAAAUAUCCUUACGUGAAAGACGCACUCAAAGCCGUGGUUUCUUCUGAUAAAUGAAGUUGAUUGCCAUUCUUCGAUCCUUUCUUUGGUAUCUGUAGUUGGCAAAUGUUCCCUGCAGUUGUGUAUGAACUUGGUUUGUAUCCAAAAGUUAGUACUUCUAAGCACUUCUAAGACAUAAACCAUGCGAAUGGAACAUUUUUUGAUGAUCAAACUGCACAUAACUUUUUUCUUCA